UCUACCCUAUAUAUAUAUACACACAUUGACAUAAAUUUAGCGUUUGUCCUUUGUUUCUUAUGAUCUACUCGAAGAGACGGAUUAAUAGGGCUUGUCUCUCGGAAGUUUAUUCGUGGGCGUUGUCAUCUAUUGUUAUUACUAUGUGAAUAUUCGAUCAGUAGUGUGUAAAUCAUUGUAAAAUGUAUUACAAAAUGUAAAUAUUAUGUUUGCUGUUAAACAAAAUCUCAAGACGACGCUUUUACAUGGACCAGCAAAAUUGAGCAAGACAUUCUUAUAUGAGGCAGCCAUUUAUUGGGCAGAAGAAGGUAAUCGUGUUUUCUUUAUCACACCGAUACCUUUACAACAAAUUCCUUCAGCUUGUCAUGAAAGUAAUCCUUCAACAUACUAUACAUAUAAACUGAUUACAUUUUUGUAUCUAUCGGAUUACAAAUCUUUAGCAACACAAUUAGCAGAAUUGCAUACAUUUAUUUCAUUACCUACAAUACUUUUGUUAGACGACAUAGAUCAUUACAUUAUUAACGAUGAUGCAACAAAGAAAGAAGAUCCUUGUGAAGAAAAAACAAAGAUGCGUAUUGCCAGAACGUUUAGUGUCAUCUUUGAUGCGAUAAAUUCGUGUUCACGAAUUUCUAAUACCAUUGUACACGCUUGCGUGUGGUCUUCGUCGAUUUUAAAAAAAACCAAUUUGGAUACUACGAUAUAUUUUCGUAACAUCUGGAACGUAUCGGAAGACGAAGAGAAGAAAAUCAUUUCGUUAAAAAAGAUUGAUCGUGAAAUGCAUUUACCCACUGGCUAUCCAAUUUUCGAAUAUCACAAAUUUCAAGACGGAACACGAAUUUUAAAAAAUAUUUAUCGUGAAUUUUUUCAUUGAUCGAUUGGGCUGUACUGGUUUGGUUUGAACAAUUCGAACCCAUUGUUAAGCUCGUGUGUUUCCACGUUUCAAAUAAAAAAAAAACAAGAAAGAAAGACAAGAUCUUUUCUAAGAAAAAAAAAA